UCAGUUCUGUUCUGAUUGUGAGGUUGUUAAAGUUUGAGGAAGUGAAGGUGAUAAGAGAGCCUAGUGGUGGUAUCACUGUGGGACAAAGCAAGCGCACAAGAGGACUGUUCUCAUGAAGGCAAAUUUACUGUAGCCAGCACCCUAAUCUGUGAAGCUCGCUGAGAUUAAAUCUGAUCAAACCAAACUCCAGAAUAAGAAUGACGGAAGCCAAGCACCCGAUGUCGCCCCCGCUGGGCCCGGACGGCGCCGGCCUGGGCCCGCCAUCGCCCAACGACCCUCCCCAAUACAACCUGCCGCCGGACCAGCCCCCACCGCCGUACAUGCCCCCCACCUACCAGCAGUCGCCACCUCUCUACCCCCCUCCCGCCGCUGGAUUCCCCGACUCCAUGCCACCCGGAGAGCUGAGCCCCCCGCCCUACACUUCAGGGGUGGCCGACGUGCCAGCGGGCAGCACCAGCAGCCUGCUCGUCUCUUCCUUCGAGGACAAAACCAUCCGCAGGGCUUUCGUCAGGAAGGUGUUCAGUGUGGUGACGCUGCAGCUGCUCGUUACCUUCAGUGUGGUGUGCCUGUUCACCUUCUCAGCGACGGUGAAGAAGGCUGUGCAGGGGAACAUCUGGAUCUAUCUAAGCUCCUACAUCAUCUUCGUCGUUGUGGCGAUUUGCCUCAGCUUUAGCAGCUCCUUCAGCCGGAAGCACCCCUGGAACCUGCUGGGGCUGGCAGUGGUCACUCUCACUCUGUCCUACAUGGUCGGCACGGUGGCCUCCUACCACAACACUACCGCCGUGGCCAUCGCCAUGGGAACCACCAUGGUCGUCUGCUUCGCCAUCAUCAUCUUCUCGGCCCAGACCCGUGUGGAUUUCACCGUGUGCAAUGGAACUCUACUAAUAUUGUCUGUGAUCCUGCUGAUGUUUGGAUUCUUCUGCUGCUUCUUCUACUCCAGCGUUCUGCAGAUCGUCUAUGGAUGUCUUGGGGCCCUGCUCUACUCAGUGUUCCUGGCUGUGGACUGCCAGCUGGUGAUGGGGAGGCAGAAGUACAGUCUGAGCCCAGAGGAGUAUGUGUUUGCCUCCCUCAUCCUGUAUCUGGACAUCAUCACCAUCUUCCUCUACCUGCUCAUCCUGCUGGGAGGCAGCUCCAGCAACUAGCCACACACACACGCACACACACACACACACACACAUGCAUACACGCACACACAAACACAACCAUUGACGUACGCACACAUACUCAUGUGCGCACACAAAGCAUGCAUGCAUUCACACGCACACACACAGGCACACACACAGGUAUGCACACACACACACACGCAUACACACACGCACGCACGCGCACAUAUAUUUGAUGUUAAGUUAAAGCUGCAUACUGCACCAUUAGCAUACCAUGUUCCUUCAUUAAGACACACACUCAACACACCCUCAGCAAUCAGCUCCCUAAACACACAGACGUGUCGUGUGAAUGCAAACAUCCUUGGAAAGGGAAAUCUGAUAUCAAUGUGACCCCUGUACAGCCAAUGCACUGGUCUAUCCAACGCCAUUUUGGAUGCCAGCGUGUUCUCCUUUCUGCUCAAACUGCAUCAAUGAAUUGUGUUUCUUAAAAAUGAUGGAAAUUACUUUCUAAUUAAAUUGCGGUAUUUCCGGCAGAAUGUUCCUUUUGACCUGUAAAAACCACAGUAACUUAUGCAGUAAACUUUUCCGUCUUUGUAUAAAUAAACCUUUUUCCCGUCUGAA